UCUUGAGAGGCUGAAACAUAAGAUGAUCGAAAACAAAUGCAAUUGUAUAGGCAAGAAAUCAGGUGUUUAAGAGAGAACUAUAGGCUUUGGAAAUCUGGCAUUCGCAAAAGACGUUGAUGUGAAUGAACAUCGAGACGACAUAGAGCAUGGUACCGAAAGUGACGACUACGAUGAAGAAGUCAGGGAGACAAUACAAACUGAGGGUCGUUGCUGUACUCAUGGUCUUUUCCAUCCUGGUAAUGUCCGUCCAUGGUAGACCUUCGGACAACCCUACAGAGGCGGAUGAUAACUACGAUCCUUUGAAACCUGAUGUGCCUCCCGACGAGCAAACAUCGGCUGCAGGCGCCUACGGUGGCGAUAUGAUGCUCAGUCCCGAUCAGAUGGCUGCUUUCCUGGGCAGCCAAGUGCCCGACGACGUCUACGGAUCGCGACGCGUGAAGAGAAAAGCCACCACUAACCUGGUAAAGCGAUGGCCCCAAAACACAAUCCCAUACGUGAUAGAAGAAACAUCGAGUAAUGAUUCAGAUGUCAUCCGCAAUGCACUGCUACAUUGGGAAGAGGAGACCUGCCUGCAGUUUGUUCCAUAUACUUUGAAUGUAAGCAACCAGCUCGGACAUCAUCAACACAUCUCCUUCUUCAAAGGCUCAGAUUGCUGGUCUUUUGUUGGCAAGACGGGUAACAACGGGGCCCAGAAAAUAUCCAUUGGACCAAAAUGCGCCAGACUUGGGACUAUAGCACAUGAGAUCGGACAUUCUAUCGGGUUCUUUCACGAGCAAUCGAGGCCUGAUCGAGAUGACUACGUGGUGGUGAACGGGGAUAACGUCCAGCCAGACGUGUUGGGCAAUUACAAGAAACGGACCCCGGACCUGGUCUUUUCAAACGUUUCCUACGACUUGAAAUCUAUCAUGCAUUAUGGCGCUUACAGUUUUGCCGUUAACAAGUCCCUGCCAACCAUGAUGACGGUGAACCCACUGUUUAUGAGGUACAUCGGGCAACGAAAGGGUCUUAGUUUCCUCGACGCCAAAACAGCUAAUACGAUUUACGAUUGUAGCUCAGGCUGUCCGUCUCUAGAUUGUUCUAAUGAAGGCUAUGUGGGACCCAACUGUACCUGUGUGUGCCCCGAAGAGUUCACAGGCCCACAGUGCCUGGACACCAACCCAGAUUACGAACCACCUUGCGAGUUUGUGCUGACAUCACCUUCUGGCUAUAUCGAAUCACCCAACUUCGGAAACGGAAACUACCCCGCAAACAUUAUAUGCGUGUAUCACAUUAAGCCUACUGUGACUAAGCCGAACGUCAGAAUUACUCUCACAUUUGACGCAUUCUCGCUCGAAGUGUCCAAUGACUGCGGAUGGGAUUACGUUCGUGUCCUCAACAAACAUUUAACCUAUGGCGGACAGGUAUUUUGUGGAUCCACCUUACCAGAACCUAUAACCUCUAUUGGUCCAGAGAUGGUAAUCUGGUUUCGAUCAGACAUAAUCAAGACCAUGCCAGGAUUCAGAGCCAACUACAGAAUAGAAGUCGUGCCACCAACAACCACGCGUCAUUCCACCGAACCAACCGUAACUCCUAAACUUCCCACGGAAACAGCUAUCGCUACCAAACCUGUUACCGAACCGGUUGUCACUAUCAAACCUAUUACGGAACCAGCUAUCACCACCAAACCUCCUACCGAACCGGUUGUCACUACCAAACCACUUACCGAACCGGUUGUCACUACCAAACCUUUUACCGAGCUGGCUGUCACUACCAAACCUCUUACCGAACCGGUUGUCACUACCAUACCUCUUACCGAACCGGCUGUCACUACCAACCCUCUUACGAAACCGGAUGUCACUACCAAACCUCUUACCGAACCGGCUGUCACUACCAAACCUCUUACCGGACCUGUUGUCACUACCAAACCUCUUACCGAACCGGCUGUCACUAACAAAUCUCUUACCGAACCGGUUGUCACUACCAAACCUCUUACCGAACCGGCUGUCACUACCAAACCUCUUACCGAACCCGUUGUCACUACCAAACCACUUACCGAACCGGUUGUCACUACCAAACCUUUUACCGAGCUGGCUGUCACUACCAAACCUCUUACCGAACCGGUUGUCACUACCAUACCUCUUACCGAACCGGCUGUCACUACCAACCCUCUUACGAAACCGGAUGUCACUACCAAACCUCUUACCGAACCGGCUGUCACUACCAAACCUCUUACCGGACCUGUUGUCACUACCAAACCUCUUACCGAACCGGCUGUCACUAACAAAUCUCUUACCGAACCGGUUGUCACUACCAAACCUCUUACCGAACCGGCUGUCACUACCAAACCUCUUACCGAACCCGUUGUCACUACCAAACCUCUUACCGAACCAGUUGUCACUACCAAACCUCUUACCGAACCGGCUGUCACUACCAAACCUCUAACCGAACCGGUUGUCACUACCAAACUUCUUACCGAACCGGCUGUCACUACCAAACCUCUUACGAAACCGGCUGUCACUACCAAACCUCUUACGAAACCGGCUGUCACUACCAAACCUCUUACCGAACCAGCUGUCACUACUAAACCUACGGAACCGGCUGCCACUACCAAACCGACUCCGUUACCACCCACAACUGCCAAACCUUCUACGGAACCAGCUGUCACUACCAAAUCAACAACAGUACCACCUGCAACUACCAAACUAACAACAGAUCCACCGAUAUCUACGUUACCACCUGUAUCUACCAAAAACAAUACGGAACCAGGUGUCACUACUAAACCGACUACGGUACCACCUGCAACAACUAAACCUACAACGGAACCAGCUGUCACUUCUAAAACGACCACUGUACCAACCGUAACUACUAAAUCUACUACGGAACCACAUGUCACUACCAAAGCUACCACGGAACCAACCGUUACUACCAAACCUACCACGGACCCAGUCAUCACUACUACACCUACAACGGAACCAGCUGUCACUACUAAAACGACCACUGCACCACCCGUAACUACUAAAUCUACUACGGAACCACCUGUCACUACCAAAACUACCACGGAGCCAGCCGUUACUAGUAAAACGACCACGGUACCAGCUGACACUUCUAAACCUACCACGGAACCAGCUGUAACUACAGCUGCGUCCAGUGAAUUCCUGGAAACUUUCACCGGUAGUUCUGGUGUUCUAAAAUCACCCAACUAUCCAAAUAAAUAUCCGAAAAAUUGCAAACGUACCUACACCAUCGUUGUUCCUGCAGGACAGAGGAUUGUGUUGGAAUUCAAAGAUUUUCAGAUUGAAAGUGACGACGGAGAUUUUAGUGACAGCACGACCUGUUCGUUCGAUUACGUUGAAUUUUACCUUGGUCAUGACAUCCGAAGGCCAAUGAGACUCUGCGGCAACAGGGCACCCGAAGCCUCGCUGGUAUCUCUUGCCAACACCAUGACAUUGGAGUUCGUCAGCGAUGGUUCUGUCGAAAAACGCGGCUUCUCUGCUUCGUACCACACGAUCGACGACUCUCUGCCGGGAGUUUGGGUCCUAGAUGUCGGAAACCACACCAACUCCGCUUCAGCAACCGGACGAUAUUUUGUUAGCAUGUGUUUAGUAACUACAAAUCUCGCUAUCAGAAAUUUGCUGGAAAUUAUUUGAUUUGAUUUGAUAGGUACCUUUUGUUAAAUUGAGAUUAGAGCUUGACUUAUAUUUUGAAAAAUGAAUAUAAAAAAAAGGAUACCGAUGGUUGUUUCAUUAGUAUGACAGGGUCAAUGGAAUUAUUACAUACUCUGCAAAAAAGGAAAGUAAACAAAAAAUGAAGGCUCACCCAAUAAACAAAAUCACGUCAAUA